CGUAGUAUUCCAUUGUAUCGAUACACCAUCCUGUUUCUCAUUCAUCCGUCAGUAGAUGCUUGGGCUGUCUCCGUAUCUUGGCUCCUGUGAACAGCGCUGAAGCGGACAUGGGCUGCAGGAAGAUGAUGAGCUUCCUGCUGCUGCUGCUGCUGUCAUUGCUGAGUGAGGCUCAGAGCCGAGCAGCCUCGAAGCCCAACUUUGUCCUCAUCAUGGCCGACGACCUCGGCAUUGGAGACCCUGGCUGCUACGGGAACAAGACCCUCAGGACGCCCAACAUUGACCGCUUGGCCAGAGGGGGCGUGAAGCUCACUCAGCACCUGGCGGCCUCCCCCCUCUGCACGCCCAGCAGGGCAGCCUUCAUGACAGGCCGGUACCCCGUCCGAUCAGGGAUGGCGUCCAAGUCUCGAGUCGGAGUUUUCCUGUUCUCUGCCUCUUCCGGGGGACUUCCCAACAAUGAGGUCACGUUCGCCACGCUUCUCAAGAAGGAAGGCUACGCAACGGCUCUGAUAGGGAAGUGGCACCUGGGGACGCACUGUCACAACAACACCGACUUCUGCCACCACCCGUCCAGCCACGGCUUCGAUUACUUCCACGGGCUGCCGGUGACCAACCUGCGGGACUGCAAGGCCGGGGAGGGCAGCGUGUUCGGCUCGGGCAUCCGGCUGCUGGUGUUCGUGCCGCUGCAGGUGCUGGCGCUGGCCCUGCUCACGCUGUGCGCCCUGCGGGGGCUGGGGCUGCUGCAGGUGCCCGUCGCCCUGCUGGUGUGCCUGGCCCUGCUGGGCGCCGGCCUGCUGGGGGCGCUGGCCUGCUUCCUGCACUGGUUCCGGCCGCUCAACUGCUUCCUGAUGCGGGGCCGCGACGUCAGCCAGCAGCCCCUGUCCUACGACAACCUCACGCAGAGGCUGACCGAGGACGCCGUGCAGUUUGUUCGACGGAACGCGGACACGCCCUUCCUGCUGGUGUUCUCCUGCAUCCAAGUGCACACGGCCCUCUUCGCGUCCAGGGACUUCGCCGGGAAAAGCCGACACGGAGCUUACGGGGACGCCGCCGAGGAGAUGGACUGGGGUGUCGGGCAGAUCCUGAACGUUCUGGAAGAGCUCGGGCUGACGAACAACACGCUCGUGUACUUCACGUCCGACCAGGGUGCCCACGUGGAGGAAGUGACCACCAAAGGAGAGCGCCACGGAGGGAGCAACGGCAUCUACAAAGGGGGAAAAGGCAACAACUGGGAAGGAGGAAUCCGGGUGCCGGGCCUCCUCCGCUGGCCGGGGGUGCUGCAGGCCGGGCUGGAGGUCGCCGAGCCCACCAGCAACAUGGACCUGUUCCCCACGCUGCUCAGCCUGGCCGGCGCUGCGCUGCCCGAGGACAGGAUCAUCGACGGGCGGGACCUGAUGCCCCUGCUUCAAGGACAAAGCCAACGCUCGGAUCACGAGUUCCUGUUCCACUACUGCAACUUUUACCUGAACGCCGUGCGCUGGCACCCACGGAACAGCACGUCCAUCUGGAAGGCCUUUUUCUUCACACCCAACUUCAGCCCCGAGGGCGCCAACGGCUGCUUCCCCACACACGUGUGUUUCUGUCACGGGAACUUCGUCACCCGCCAUCACCCGCCGUUGCUCUUCGACCUGUCCCGAGACCCCAGGGAGAGGAGCCCCGUGACGCCCAGCACCGAGCCCCGCUUCUGGGACAUCGUGGCCACCAUGCAGGACGCCGCCGACCGCCACGCGCACACCGUGCAGGAGGUGCCCAACCAGCUGUCCCUGCGCAACCUGCUCUGGAAGCCCUGGCUACAGAUGUGCUGUGCUUCGUCCUCCGGCCUGUCUUGCCAGUGUCCCCGCGAACAGCCAGACCGAGGAAGGAGCCCUUAGCCGCGGCGGGGACAGGAGGGGCGCACAGUGUCCGCUCCCCCUCCCUCGGCACCACGGUGUCGGCAGGGUCACUGUGCAGCCAGGGUGGCCAGCACCUCGGACCGGCACCCUUUCUCAAUCUUAUCACCCAAAGGCCCCACCAGAGCCCACGGUGACCCCGGGGAGACGUCAGGGUUAGCUGCACGCAG